AUGAAGGAACCAACGAGGUUUGCGGAUGAUAUAAUUAGCAUUGCGCACAUUCACUACGGAAAUCUAGUCCGUGAUAUAUACACUACUAGCAAAAUAAGCAUUUCACAUGGAUUUAACCCACACAGAUUUUAUAAAGUCACAGAUAUCAGUGUGAAUUGUCAAAGGCGCUGGCUCUUCACUCUUGGUUUGCUCGCUUUGACUCCUCUUCAAGCUGUCAAGCAACAAAGCAGAAGACUUGGUUCAAUUUCUAGGUUCUUCAAGCUCAACACAGAGAAGUUCUAUACUGAAGUCCAGGAAAUUAUACUUGCUAGGUACAAUAAAACUUUUGAUUGGGCUUUGAAAGCAAAAAUGAUGGGAAAGAAAGCAAUAGAAGCUGCUCGGGUCUUUGUUGAAGACACUGGACUUAGUGACUCUCUUACUGCUGAGGACUUUCUGGUUGAAAGAGAGGCAAUGUUGCAGAAAUUGUUUCCAUCAAGCGAGCUGAUGCCAGUCCUGAGAGUUUGUGUGCAGGAAACUUGGAAGUGAGCUGAUAUUUUUCCAAGUAGACUUGCUCUGCUUUUGGCUGCAGAGAAUUGUCCCUUAUAUUAAUGAGCUUACGGAAGCCCAAUAAGAGGGACAGCGACAGCGACGAGGUCGAGAUCAAGAUCGGCACGACGUCGAUUUGGCAUAGGUUCCUCUUUAUUUUCUCUAAGAAAGACAAGUUUAUAGAGGGAAUUUGUUUCAGAUAAUUGGAGUAAAUUGAUCAAUAUAUGGUUGAGAUUUUUUGUUUCUAGUAUUAAUUUCUGAUGGAAAUGACAUUUAGGUAGUUGUGGGUACAAUAUUGAUUGGGUUGUGAAUUAUGUUACUGUUUGGAUUCUGAUUAAUGGAAUUGUAUAUUAA